UCUCUAGAGGAACGUCUACAAGCUUACGCUUGUUCCGUAUGGGAAAACAUAUAGACAUACUUUUCUUUUUGGUUCAACGAAAUUGUUCGAAAGUGAAUGAGUGCAAUAGAGUUUGAUUUAUUUUUGUCUGUGUGUUUAAAGUUUUCUUUUCGUUUAGCAUUUUGUUUGGUGCUUUGUGAACACGGAAUUUAUUUAUCGGUUAGACAAGUUCACUGAAAUUGUUUUCCGAAUCGAGAAACGCUCAAUGUAUUCACCUUAAUUGGUUCAUUCAUACUUUCGCAUUGUCAUUCUCUCUAUCAGAAAGAGUGAUCUCUUUUCAAACUUUUGUGAGGUGAAAAGAGCAAAAGAGCAACAAACAUAUUUACAGUUGAGUGUAUAGCUAUGCUUGGUGGCUCAACAAUGAGUGCGGCAAAUGCAUUACAGGGUAUGAAUAGCGCAUCGGUGUCAUCGUCAACCGCAAUGUCGUCCACAAUUUCUUCAUCGUACAAUAGCGAUCGAUCGUCGAUUGCGACCGGACUUGAUGUGGAAUUUGCCAACGAUGCAGCAUCGGGUGGUUUUUUCAAUAGCGACUAUAAAAAGCACGAUGAUUUGAAGCAAAUGCUGGAUAGUAACAAAGAUCACUUGAAAUUGGAAGCGAUGAAGCGAAUCAUUGGGAUGGUAGCAAAGGGGCGUGAUGCAUCUGAAUUGUUCCCGGCUGUGGUCAAGAAUGUUGUGUCGAAAAAUAUCGAAAUCAAAAAGUUGGUCUACGUUUAUUUGGUGCGAUAUGCAGAGGAGCAACAAGAUUUGGCACUGUUAUCGAUAUCAACAUUUCAACGAGCCUUAAAAGAUCCUAAUCAAUUGAUUCGCGCGAGUGCACUGCGUGUCUUAUCAAGCAUUCGUGUAUCGAUGAUUGUUCCUAUCGUGAUGUUGGCUAUUCGCGACGGUGCAUCGGACAUGAGUCCAUACGUUAGGAAAACGGUGGCGCAUGCCAUUCCAAAACUCUACAGUUUGGAUGAAGAGCAAAAGAGUGAUUUGAUUGAAGUGAUUGAAAAGUUGUUGUCGGAUAAAACGACUUUGGUUGUCGGUUCGGCCGUUAUGGCAUUCGAAGAAGUGUGCCCAGAGCGUGUGGAUUUGAUUCACAAAAACUAUCGAAAAUUGUGCAAUUUACUGGUGGAUGUGGACGAAUGGGGCCAAGUGAUAAUAAUAAACAUGCUAACACGUUAUGCACGCACUCAGUUCACUGACCCGAAUGCUGACGACAAUGAAGCCGCUGAACAUCAAACCGAAACGGAAAAACCAUUUUAUGAAAACUCUUCCGGCUCGGACGAUGAAUCCGAAACGAAAAACCAUUUAGAUCAUAAUAAUAAAACUUUUAUUCUCGAUUCCGAUCAUCGUUUACUAUUGCGACAAACGAAACCAUUGCUCCAGAGCCGAAAUGCAUCGGUUGUGAUGAUUGUUUCCCAACUGUAUCACCAUAUUGCUCCACGGAACGAGGUGAAUAUUGUGGCCAAGGCUUUGAUUCGCUUGUUGCGCAGCCACAAAGAAGUGCAAAGUGUUGUUCUCACAAACAUCGCCUCAAUGUCCACGCAACGAAAGUCAAUUUUUGAGCCUUAUCUCAAAUCGUUCUUUGUUCGUACCAGCGAUCCGACCCAUAUUAAAUUACUCAAAUUGGAGAUUCUCACCAAUUUGGCUACGGGCUCGACGAUUUCCGUGAUUUUGCGCGAAUUCCAAACUUACAUCAGCAGUAAUGAUAAGAAAUUUGUAGCUGCUACUAUUCAGGCGAUUGGACGAUGCGCCGCUUCAAUCACCGAAGUUACAGAGACUUGCUUGAGCGGAUUGGUUCAUUUACUAUCGAAUCGAGAUGAGUACGUGGUUGCCGAAAGUGUGGUGGUGAUUAAAAAUCUUCUUCAAACAAAAGCAGCUGAUCAUUUCGAAAUCAUUUCUCAAAUGGCUAAGCUGAUUGAUUUCAUCACAGUGGCGGCGGCUCGUGCAUCGAUUCUCUGGUUAAUUGGCGAAUACUGUGAGAAAGUACCAAAAAUUGCACCCGAUGUCUUGAGAAAAUUGGCCAAAUCCUUUAUUGAAGAGGAUAACAUAGUGAAGCUGCAAGUUCUAAAUCUCGCUGUAAAAUUGUACUUGACAAAUCCGGAACAAACGGACGUUUUGUGUUGCUAUCUGUUCAGUUUGGCUCGAUACGAUGAAAACUAUGACAUCCGAGAUCGGGCUAGAUUCUUGAAGCCAUUCAUACUACCAUCGAAUGGUGAAACUGUACUCUCGAAACAGGCCAAGCGUAUCUUUUUGUCAGCAAAACCUGCACCGUUGCUCGUCAGCCAAUAUUGUCGCGAACAAUUCCAACUGGGUUCGUUGGCCCACUAUUUGAAUUCACGAACAAAUGGCUAUCAUGAUUUGCCCGCCUUCCCCAAAAAGGCGCCCGAUUCAAGCGUAAGAGGCGUUGAAAAUGCGGUUCACGAGAACAGCAAUAACUUUGAACAAAACGACAACCAAGAGUGGGAAAACCAAAGUGCCAAAGGAGCAAGCAAGUCGAACAAAAAAGACAAGUCAUUCUAUUCGGACAGCGAAAGUGAAAACGAUUCAUCCGAAGAGGACUCCAGCUCAGAGGAUAGUUCCGAGGAAAAUUCUGGAUCAGAAAAUUCCGGAAACGAAAGUGAAAAUGGUACGAAGAGUGCAAGUGGCAGCGGAAGCGGAAGUGACGACGAUUCAAGCUCAAGUGAGGAGGAGAGUAGCAGCGAUAAUUCGUCUGACAGUGAUGACAACACAGAGUCGAGCAAUGAGAAAAAACCGGCUGUCAAUAAGACUAAAGAAAAUUCGAAGCCAGCCGCCAUGUCGGUAAAAUCGGAACGCAGUAAUUUGGAUUUGUUAUUAGAUUUGGGUGAUAUAGCUCCAACUGCGCCAAUCAUGACACCAUCACUAGGUGGUUUCCUGACACCAAUUUCAAAUGCAACUUCCGGUGUUUCGUCGAACACAUCAAGUCACUACGAAUUGGUUGGACCCGUUCAUGUGUCCCUGGAUAAACGAGAACUUUUGAAUAAAACCAAUAGUCAUGGUUUGCAAAUCAACUAUCGCUUCACACGCGCACCCCACCUAUACUCUGCCAAAAUGGUUUCAAUCGAACUGACAUUCCGCAAUGAAUCGAAUAAUGAAUUGGAAAAUAUACAUUUAUCUGAUAAAUCAUCGUUGCCGGCAAAUGUUGCGAUCAGUGAUUUUGCGCCAAUUGCCAAACUGAACGCGGGACAAUGUGUCCAAAGCGUGCUCGGUGUUGAUUUCAACGAUUCCACACAAGCAAUUUCAUUUGAAAUUGCAUCGAGUGCUGGAAGUGCAAAGGUUUCAUUAAAAUCCACCGUUGGUGAGAUGAUCCGAGCCGUUCGUUUUACCGCAUCCGUUUUCAAAGAAGAACAAUCCCGUUUGCGUGGAAUGAACGAACAUUCAUGCAAAAUUGACGCCCAAUCGAAUAUAGCCGCAAUACAGCACAGCAUUUUUGAAACGGCCAACUUGGCGCUGAUCGCAAACAAUAGCACUUCCGAUGGAGACGUUCUUCUAUUUUCCGGCCAAACGAUGUCAUCACAAAGUUUGGUGCUAGUUACAGUCGAACGCAACAAUGCCAAUGGCAUAACGAUUACAGUGAAUUGCGAAAAGAUGGUCAUUGGAUCCAUGCUAUUGAAUGAGAUUAAAAACUCCAUUAAAUGUUAGGUCAUUAGAAUUGUUUUACAAUAAAAAAAAAGGAUUUAUUUUUUGCUAUACAAAACGAACAACUAUUAAUAUGCUUGAAGCAUUCAAUCGCAUAAAGUCAAUUCUAAAUGAAAUAAUCAUAAAGUCAACGCGCCAGAAAAAUGAAACUCCUGUUGAAAUUGGAAUGUCGUUUAUUUAAAAUAACAAUAAAAUACAUAAGACAUAUUGAAUAAAGACUAAAAUCGUACAAAAAAAAAA